CAUCGACCACCUCGACGCGCUGUCUCUUAGAGCCAGCGGACGGCCUCCCUCCUACUAGCUCUUCCUCUUGUCCGGGAUUGGUAGGAAAGACAUGUCUGGCGUGGCGUCACGCUUCAAAGCGACCUCUAGUCGUGUUCACCUGUUCAACUUGUCUCCCGCGCCCGGCUCGCAGUCAACGCAAAAACGACUUGGUCGUGGUCGUAGUUCGGGUCUUGGUAAGACAUCCGGCCGUGGUCACAAGGGUCAGAAGGCUCGUGCGGGGAAUGGGAAGCCGAAGGCUGGCUUUGAGGGUGGUCAGACAACUAUUGUGAAGCGUUUCCCCAAGACGGGUUUCGUGAAUCAGAACCAGAAGACCUAUGCGCCGGUGAACCUGGAUCGCAUACAACAUUGGAUUGACACGGGCCGCCUGACUUCGUCUCCGGACAAGCCUAUCACUGCGCGAGAAUUGUUGCUGAGUGGGUGCAUUCAUCAGGUGCACGAUGGCAUCAAAUUGUUGGGCAAUGGUGCCCAGCACCUGAAGUCUGCCAUCCACAUCACCCCUGCACGCGCUUCGCAAAGUGCCAUUCGUGCAGUCGAGAAGACCGGCGGGAGCGUGUUCUGCAAGUACUACAAUGAGCUUGCACUCCGCGACUCUGUCAAGGGCAACACGGAGCAUAUCCAGGCCGCCCCUACGCGCAAGAACGACAUUCUAUGGUACACCUCUUGGCGAAAUCGGGGAUACCUGUCACCCACCGCACUGAACAAGAUGCCAGUGGUGGAAGAGCGCUGGCGGUCGCUCUCGAAGCAGCUCCUUGCCUUCAAGUCUCAGGAUUACGACAAGGCGAAGUAGAUGUCUAUCAUAAUAGUAAUUCAGUGACGUCUCUGUCACCGUGCGAUUGAC